AGAGGGAAAUAUGUCUGCUUGUCAGUUGUCUCCUUGUUUACAAUCUCUUCCCUUCUAUAUAUAUAGGAAGACGAUUGCAUCAUUGUGUUGGGGAUAGUGUGGGGGUGUGGCAUGAGACACAUAACCAGGUAGCAGACACUUCUCUCUGGUCACGAGUGGAAUGAAACAAAGCGCACGAUGGCUAUCAUUCAGGUCUUUGUGUUAUACGCUGUCUACAGAGUUCUUUCAGGACAAGGUAAAUUUAAAACACUUUAUUUUCUCACCACAAUCGUUAAAAGAGAGAAGUGAGAUGGUGAGUGAGUAUCUCGUUGUCCUUUUCAGUUUGUUUUCAGGUUUUCCUUCAGGUAUCAGUCAUCAGGAGUUCUGUGUGUAUUUCAGAAGUCUUAGUUAAAGGUUAUGCAGUUUUGUUGGGCAGAGUACAGACUUGAGGAGACAUGUUUAAAGUCAUAUUAUUCUGCAGACAUAUGGGAUGUGGUCUGUUAUCACAGAGAACUACCUGUCUCAUACUGUACCAAACUGCUCAGAAAAGUCCAGCUUUGAAUGUCAAGGUCAAAUAGAUUUGCCCAUAUUCUGCACUUUGGUGUGGAUCUUAGACCUCUUUAAAAAUUAUUUUGUCACUCUGGAUAAUGGCAUCUGCCAAAUGCUGUACAUGACAUGAAACAGUUUGUAAACAUCAUCCUAAUUUCUUUAGUGCUUGGCCAUGAGCAGAUACCUUUGGAGAUGUGCUGUAAAAAUGGGAGAGAAUAUGGUCUGAGGAAUCAGCACUGUGCUUUCUUUCCCUUCUCCCCCUCCUCCAUCUGCAGGAUGGCUCAGAAGCAAUGCUGUCAAGCUGCACUGAAGGAAAAUCUCUGUACCAACGGCAUGAAAAGUGCCAAAAGUACUGGAGUGUGUGACUUCUUAUUUCAGACAGACUCCUAUAAAGUCAACACUGCCAAGAUGUGCUGUGAGUGCUGUGUGCUCGGGCUGCUGUCUCAGAAAGAGAAUUAUACCUGUGAGCUGCACAUUUCUGUCACUGUUCACUGCAGGAAUGUUGCACGUGCGUGCUGUGUAGAGAAACAACGUGGAUUAACCCUCCAAGUGUCACCUCUGCUGAAUAACACCAGUACCGGUGUUGGAGGUAAUACCCAGGGAAUUGACUUGUGUGCAGAAGGAGUAACAAGAUGCUCUCAGCUUUGUGUGGGUAAUGGUUCUUGUGACUGCCUGAGAGGUUUCCACCUUAAAUCUGAUGGCUAUAGCUGUGAGGAUUACAAUGAGUGUCUGUCAGGCGCUCAUAGCUGCAGGCCAGGUGAAAGAUGCAUCAACACUGAAGGCUCGUACCGCUGUCAGAGAGAAACCGGCUGUGGCACAGGAUAUGAGCUGACUAACACCAAUACCUGCCAAGAUAUCGAUGAGUGUCUGCUGGAAACUCAUAACUGUGGACAUGAAUUCAUGUGUCAGAACACUGUUGGGUCAUUUCGCUGCCAUCCCCGACAUCAGUGUGGGGUCGGAUUUAUCCAGGAUGCUGUCGGAAAAUGCAUUGACAUAAAUGAGUGCUUCCAUGAAAAGAGCCCAUGCCAACCUGAUCAAACAUGUGUAAACACUGUGGGUUCCUACACAUGCCAGAGGUUCUCAGUGACCUGUGGACAUGGUUAUCACUUGAACAAAGAGGGCACACUCUGCAUAGAUGUGGAUGAGUGCACCAGACCAGACAGUGGCUGUCAGGGCCAUGACUGUGUGAACCUUCUGGGCUCUUUCCGCUGUGACUGUCGCUCUGGAUUUGUGUUUAAUAGCAUCAGCAAAACCUGCGAGGACAAUGAUGAAUGCAGGAUCUAUCUGGGGCACCUGUGUGCUCAUAAAUGUGACAACACUCCAGGAUCGUACCUGUGCAGCUGUCAUCCUGGGUUUAAGCUGGCUAGUGAUGGCAAGAGCUGUGAAGAUGUGGAUGAAUGUAAGAACAGCCCAUGUAGCCAGGAGUGUGUGAAUGUUUAUGGCUCCUACCAGUGUUACUGUCACCGUGGCUACCAGCUCAACAACAUUGACGGACUUACAUGUGAAGAUAUUGAUGAAUGUGCCUUGACCUCUGGGGGUAAAGUUUGCUCGUAUCAUUGCUUGAACACACCUGGUAGCUAUGAAUGUACCUGUCCCCCAACAGGCUACUCACUCUCCCCCACUGGACGCACGUGCUUGGACAUUGAUGAGUGUGCAACAGGAACACACAACUGUUCUGCUACACAGAGCUGCUUCAAUAUCUUGGGUGGAUUUCGCUGCCUGACGUUUGAGUGUCCACCCAAAUACCGGCAUGCAACAGAGAGUCGCUGUGAACGCUUGCCUUGUGAGCAGAAUAAUGAAUGCCUGACCCUGCCCCUGAGAAUCUCCUUUUACAAUCUCACAUUUCCCAAAAACAUCCCCAUACCUGCUGUUGUUUUCCGCAUGGGGCCAUCCAGCUCUGUGCCUGGGGACAACAUCCAGCUUCUUAUCGUGGAUGGUGAUGCAGAAGGAUUCUUUAGCAUCCAGAAAACAGCCCAUGGUGCAGUGGUGUCUGUGCAGCGACCGCUGCCAGAACCCCGGGACUUCUUGCUCACUGUGGAAAUCAGGCUGAUUCGAUAUGGCAUCACAAGCAUUUUCGUGGCUAAGAUUGCUGUGUUUGUUGUUAAUGACUAGCCCAGUGUUCCCAACAGCUGGACAAAACCUUAAUGCUUCUUUACCUUAAAACCAAAACCUUAAUGCACCUACUGUGUCUUAUUCAUUUUAGUAUUAUAGCAUAAAUGUAGCCACUGGAGCUGAUGUCAGCCUUUAUAUUUGUUUUAUAACAAAUAUUUAACAGGAAUAGUUCUAUAACUUAAAACUAUAGAACAUAAUUCUAUAACUGUUUCCUUCCAGAACAUGUGGAAUCCUGUGUGUUUUAUUUUCUAAGCUGGUUACCAAUAGCAAGUAAUCUCCUAAUGACCAUGAACUCACAAGUGCAACAAGGAAAAAUGUGACAAGGAGUGUGAUUAAGAACUCUUUAUACAGGCUAUGUAGGACACUUUUGCUAUUAGAGCCUUUUCUUGGAACCGAGCACACAUUUUACUUUACAUAAUGAGUUUACUAGGCUGUAAGAUAUUUUACAAACAUCUGGUUUAUGUGAUAUAUUUAUUAUAUUUGGUAACUUUAGUCACAAUUUGAAUCUUGUGAUUAAAUGUAUAUGUAUUAUCUCAGUGAAUCUAUCAUAUUUAUACUGCCUAUGUAAUGACUUAAUAGACCUUCUGUAAAAAAUAAGCAAGGCUAACAUCCUGACCUGAUAAUCGUUAUUAUUUCCUCUCAUCACUUUAUAUGACUGUUCAGUAUUUCCUACAAAAAUGGGACCAUAUGAUGUUUC